AAUGUUUACUCAUUAAAAGCCGGAAUCUAUAUAAGUCUGGUCACAUUUUCAUGCAGACGAGUGCAUUAUUUACACAAACUUGCAUCGGCCAACUUUCGGACUAUCAGCAAAAUGCAUCCGAUCCAGUAUCAGCGAAUUUUCAUUUUGGCGUAUCUUUUAUCAGUUGCCGGUACAGAGCCACAGUGCUCUAAGUUCCACUUUGAGGAGAAGUUGCUCGAAAAAUCAGUGAGAAUGGAAUUAAAAAUGUCUUCCUUACACGAAGAACUGGCAGACAUGCGUGAAAGGGUGUCAACUCUCGAGAAUAAGCAAGAUAUGAUUAUCACGCCGACAGUAGUCUUCACUGCUCGGGGACCAAACAACUUACGCCCGCUGGAUGGUCAGCUGAUUGUUUUUAAAACCACUGUAAUGAACCUCGGCAGCGGCUACGACAAUCUAACCGGCGUGUUCACAGCACCGCACAAAGGAAUAUACCUCUUCACGACACAGUUUUGUAUUCCACCGGGGUCGCGGUAUAUGUAUUCAGCAAUCGUUCACGAGGAUGUCACCGUUAAAGGAAGUCUAAUCUAUGACAACAACUCGGAUUUCUGCACAAGCGCCGAUGUUAUUGUAGGUAUGAAGAAGGAAGAACGUGUCUGGGUAAAGUGUGUGAGGACAUCCUCCAAAUCUUCUGACGUAUUGCGGGAAAGUGAGACAGAUUGGAACACGUUCUCAGGGGUGUUACUGCAUAAGUAAUCAUGAACGACUUACUAUUUGUUACGAAAUGCUGUUUGUUACUUUAGUUCUUCAUUUAUUUAGUCAAGAUCAAUUUCGGAUAAUAAUGUACGAAAAAUAUAUCAGAUAUAAUAUUUAUAUGUCUGCAAACUUAUACAACAACCUCACAUUCACAUCUCAAACUCUCACACGCUUCUUUUCGAAAAUGAGCGAACUAUUUUAACAGCGCACUUUGAUUGGAAUUUGUUUAAAAAUACAGAAGGGCUCCUUACUUCAAACCUAACAGUCAUCGUCUCUGUUGUGGUCGUAUUUCGUCAGCUCCUGACAACCCGCGACAAAAGCAACAUGUUUAGACUGUAGGUAAGUCUGUCCCACCUAUUACGUUUACCUCGUUUCAGAUUUACCAGAGUCAGUUAAGUCGUCCAAAAACAUAUUGUUAUAUGUAUAAGCAGGAGUUCCGGGAGGCUUAUCAUUGACAGUAAUCCUCAUUCAUUAACAGGGGAUAACAUUCAUCCUGAUAUAACGUCCACAAAGAGAGAGAAUACCUGAUACAUCCCCUAAUAUCUACUUUACCAGGGCUGAAGCCCCUACAAGGUCAACAACCCACUCAGGUCACCAGUACACCUGGCAGGGAAUCAUCACCCGGUGCAACCGUAGUUGGUCAUCCUGGAGCACAGCCAUUAAGUGAUGGACACCCUGGUGUAACAACGCCAGAAGGGUCCAAUUCACAGUUGAUGGUUAACACCUACACCUACACCUACAUUACCAAGGUACAUGGAAUGACGGUGUAUCACCCUGUAGACCCCCCCCCCCCCACAAAACAAACACACACACGCGCACGCACACACACACACACACACACACACACACACACACACACAUGAACAACCAGCUGAUAUGUCGGUGCAGGCAGAUAUAGAGCACUCCUCAGGUAACCCGUGGUUCACUAAGGGGUCAAAGAUGUCAGCUGGGAAAACAACGGUGUGGGGAGCCAUCACUAUGUACUACGUAGCGAUGACACUGCGAACGGUCGCAUGCGCCUUUCUAAAACAAAAGCUGCAGAAUUAUAGUUUAUGUGUGUGUGUGUGUGUGUGUGUGUGUGUGCAGGGAGUGGGGGGAGGCGUUCUUUUAUCCAGGACCCAUCCACGGAGGGAGGGUGUCCCACUUUCGAGAUAAGGAAUGACAAGCUAGAGAAACAAUUUACUCAUGAAAAUGCGAUUUUCUACUAUAGAGCCACUGAACACAGAUAAACGUUCAAGACAAAACGUUAAAACAGAGUCAAAAGGGGACAUUUACAUUAAAGAUAUCAAUUAUAAUGAUAAUGUCAAGCAGUUUGCUACUGAAAUAAACAUUAAGGUACACCACCGGGGCUUUGUAAUAAUUUUGUUGCAUUAAUGUUAUUUGUUUUCAAGUGAGCGUGAAUGUUGAAUAAUUCGGUUAACAACUAUGAUAAUAAUUGUAUUCCCUUAUAAUCCAAAUCUGGAACAUGUAUUUUAUUUCAUGGGACAGACUCCUUUUUUGCACGCCUUUUUUUUUUUUUAAGUUUUUUCAGAGCUUACUUAUGUUGAAGUCAUCAGUUACGAAAUAUUUUUUACAAUACAAAGAAAAUGUUAUAUACUCGAGAGAGAGAAAAAUGAAUCAUCUUAAAAUUGUUAUCUUUUAUUUCUAUCGAUUCUUUGAAUUUGAAAGUUUUUAUUUGGCAAUAUCAAAGUGGUUCGGAUGGUGAAGCAGCGAUCGUAGCCAUCUUAUAUGCUUCAGUAACUUACAGCUCGCUCUGGUUAGGGGACACUGGUCAGUGACAUGGAGCCUAAGUAUGCAGAUGUCAUUCAAGUCGGAGAAAAAUAUAUACAACAACUAUUUGAAGUUGUGGAAAAAAAAUAGAUAAAAUGAAAGAAGAUAUGACAUUUUUAAGUGUAAGGAAUAAGUUUAUAUUUGUAUGAUGUGUGGAAAUAGACUGGAAAUGUUUGUUCUUUUCUGGCGAAAAUAAGAAUAAAGUAGUCUUUUCAGGUAAGAUAUAAUUAAUAACAUACAUGUCUAUAAUGAAAUUAUACUGUAUGAUAAAUUACUUGACUGAAAUAAUCUUUAUAGUGGCAAAACAAUUCGUAAUAAAAUGAUUAUUUUAUGUAGGUUUUCUUAUCGUCGAGCGUUCUUUUGCCUCACGUAAAGAGCGCAUGCGCGUUAAAAUCAAAACAUCCGUGAAAUAGCAUAGCAACCAAAAGUUUGUGUAAAAAGGUCAGAUUUCUUUCAUUUGUACCAGAUACAUUAUUAGCUCGUCUGAUUCUAGAAAAAAAAAUCUACGAGUGAUCGUUGGCAUCAGCGUCGGUGAACGUUGGUUAGCAUUUUUGUUUAGGUCCAUCUUUUCUCAAAACUUUAAGCGCUUCGGCUUUGAAACUAUGCACUCUUGUUUAUCAUCAUUGUGUGACUGUGUAGGCCAAGAACCAUAACCCUAAUGUGCAUUUUGUCAAAUUAUGGCCUUUUUUAUACUUAGAAAAUUGGAGUUUCUUUGUUAUUUUUUUAGUUUAGAUCCACCUUUUCUCAAAAGCUACAGCUUUGAAACCUUGCACACUUAUUUAUCAUCAUUGGAUGACUAUGUAGGCCAAGUACUAUAAUUCCUAUAACUCUAUCUUGCAUUUUAAAAGAAUUAUUGCCCUUUUUGUACUUAGAAAUUUUGAACUGUAACUCAUUUCUUACAUACUCAUGAUACUGUCCAGUCUUGCAGACAAGCUAAGGUACCCGGCCGUAGGCGUUCCUUUUGCUUUUCAAAAUGCUAUAAAUUUACACCUAUACAAGUAUUUUGUGAACGACCCUCGUAUAUACAUUGCAACUGAAAUGUAUCAAUACACAUGACCUUAUCUUAUCUUAAUAAUAGAACAUUGUCACAACUACUGUGUCACACGAGUAUGAUGAUAGGUUUCCUGCUUACCCUGGUGCUGGUCUGGUCGUGCAGUGCGACAAUAUUUGACGGAAAGCUACGAAAUGCCUCUGACGGAACAAUGGAGGCGUAUAUGAUUCCACGCUUCAAAUCCAGCCAUGCCUCCUUCAUAGAACCGUGUCCAAACGAUGAUCUAGUGAUGGCGUGGUUUAGCGGAAGCGCAGAGGGAGAAAGUGAUGUUGCGAUUGUCGUGAGCCGUCUUCCGAAUGGAACAGACCAAUGGACGAGUCCUGUUGCAGUGUCACAAAGAAAAGGCUACUCCAAUCAGAAUCCGGUUUUAUUUUAUGAUACCCAGUCAUGUUCACUGUAUCUUUUUCACACUCAGCAGGAAGCAAAGAAAUUGGUAAAUGGUGGAAUCAGCGGGGAAGAUUCAGCAACCAUAUGGGAACUACAGUCUUCUAACAAUGGUAUGAAUUGGACCUCCCCGCGGAUAAUGUUUGCUAAGGCAGGAUCGUUUGACAGGAACCGCAUUGUUGUAUCUCAGAAACAGUCCUGGCUCUAUCCUAUAUAUUAUGCUGGCGGAAGUCGGAAAGAUACAUCCUAUAUAAAAGAAAGUGUUACUCACAAACCAUUUGACACGUGGUUGGAGCAUUACUUCACAGGUUCUGAUCAUCUUGUUCAGCCAAGUGUUGUUCGACCAGUAAAAAAUUCGACUAGACUUGUAUCCUUUUUCCGAGAUAGGCGGGCAGAAUACAUAUACCGCGCAGUUAGUCUUACAGAUGGAGUCACAUGGACCAAGCCGACAAAGACAACUUUGCCCAACAAUAACAGUGGGAUAGAGGCUACAGUUCUGCAGUCCGGUCACCUUGCUAUAGUGUACAACCCUACAAAUAAAAUCAGGAAUCCUAUAGUUAUUUCGCUAUCAGAGGACGAAGGUGUGACAUGGACUCACACACGAUCACUGGACCAUGAAACAUACUCGAAUGGUAUAGAGCUCAGUUACCCGACCUUAUUCCAGGAUUCCACGGGAAGAAUCCAUGUGUCAUACACAUAUAACCGAGAAACAAUCAAACAUAAAAUUCUGCCGAACGAAGCAUGGAUUACUCAAAAGGCGAAUUAUUAAAGAUCGUGUAAUAAAAUUCAUUAUUACAUGAUAAUUCAAUGUAGAAACUAUAACCUUUCUUAUCCAAUGACUAAAGAGGGUUUUUUAAAAUGCUACUUCGAAUACAAAAAUAGUCAUUUUUUUCAUUAAGUAGUGUUCAGCCUGCCGUGCUUCUUCACAAGUUCAGCCAGACAGACAGACAGACCAAGUUAAGAGACCUACCACAACCUAGUGAUCUUCUUUAUCAUAAACUUCGUGAAAAAAAAACAUUAUGAUGAUACUGUAUUAAUACAGCUGUACUACAAAAUAAAAUAAGAAAUAAAGCACUUAUAUUUUCA